AUGUCGAGUGUGAGCCCGUGGGUGGAUUGGGCGACGGGAUGGCUGUCAUGGAACGCUUCGUGGCCUCGGUGGCGUCUGUCCUGCAAGCAUCGGGAUCUGAUCGAGGCCGCUGCCAGCACGACCCGCCAUAUUGUCGAUCUGGUGUCGCAAUUCUCAUCAGUGCACGACCGGAUUCCACAAGUCGAAUUAGGUGAUGCGAUUGCGCUGUGUGGACAUGACUCCCUAAUGUGGGAGUAUGUUCUGCCGGACGCACCGGAGAAAAGGAGGAAGCUUACGCGGAAGAGUGAGCAGUUUUUGCUGGAGGUACACGGGGUGUGGCAUUCUAUCAGGCAUACGCCCGACGAGACGAAAGCUAAGGCACGGUGCGGAGAUUUACUGCUGGUGAUUGGAGAAACAGGCGGUUUGGGCGAGAGGGUUCGAACCGGAGAAGAGGUCAAGGAUGCUCUGAGACAGCACAAGGUGCCUAUGGAUUCACACCGUUGGUAUGUUGAGAUUCGAGAGGAAUAA